GGGCGACGGCCGGACGCCUCCGCGCUUCUGGAUGAAUUAACGGCGGGUUCCGCUCGGAGGUUGUGACCCUUACGGAGUCCCAGCUUGCCCACGCACCCCACUCGGCGUCGCGCGGCGUGCCCUGCUUGUCACAGGCUGAAAUACAGAGUGGGUUCUCUCUUCUGGGAAGCUGGCAACAAAUGGAUGAUGUGAUAUAUGCAUUCCAGGGGAAAGUAAAUUGUGAUGCCUCUGAACCCAUGGUCAGUUAACGAGAGUUUCUAGCUACUGAACGUACUUUGAAAAGCAGGACUCUAAAAGCUUUGGAAUCAUGGCGUCAUGGAAAGGGAUUUACUUUAUACUGACUCUGUUUUGGGGAAGCUUUUUUGGAAGCAUUUUCAUGCUGGGUCCCUUUUUACCUUUGAUGUUUGUAAACCCGUCUUGGUAUCGCUGGAUCAACAACCGCCUUGUGGCAACAUGGCUCACCCUACCUGUGGCAUUAUUGGAGACCAUGUUUGGUGUAAAAGUGAUUAUAACUGGCGAUGCAUUUGUUCCUGGAGAAAGAAGUGUCAUUAUAAUGAACCAUCGGACAAGAAUGGACUGGAUGUUCCUGUGGAAUUGUCUGAUGAGAUAUAGCUACCUCAGAUUGGAGAAAAUUUGCCUCAAAGCCAGUCUCAAAAGUGUUCCUGGAUUUGAAAACAGCAAGGCUCGAAGUAACGCAUUUGCUGAAAAGAAUGGACUUCAGAAAUAUGAAUAUGUUUUACAUCCAAGAACUACAGGCUUUACUUUCGUGGUAGACCGUCUAAGAGAAGGUAAGAACCUUGAUGCUAUACAUGAUAUCACUGUGGCGUAUCCUCACAACAUUCCUCAAUCAGAGAAGCACCUCCUCCAAGGAGACUUUCCCAGGGAAAUCCACUUUCACGUCCACCGGUAUCCAAUAGACACCCUCCCCACAUCCAAGGAGGACCUUCAACUGUGGUGCCACAAACGGUGGGAAGAGAAAGAAGAGAGGCUGCGUUCCUUCUAUCAAGGGGAGAAGAAUUUUUAUUUUACCGGACAGAGUGUCAUUCCACCUUGCAAGUCUGAACUCAGGGUCUUUGUGGUCAAAUUGCUCUCUAUACUAUAUUGGACCCUGUUCAGCCCUGCAAUGUGCCUACUCAUAUAUUUGUACGGUCUUGUUCGGUGGUAUUUUAUAAUCACCAUUGUAAUCUUUGUGCUGCAAGAGAGAAUAUUUGGUGGACUGGAGAUCAUAGAACUUGCAUGUUACCGACUUUUACACAAACAGCCACAUUUAAAUUCAAAGAAAAAUGAGUAAGAUUAUAAGGUUUACCUUGUAAAAACCUAGGGCAUAUUUUGGAAAUGUUCUAAACCUUUGUAAGCUCAGAUGCAUUUUUGCAUGACUAUGUCGAAUAUUUCUUACUGCCAUCAUUAUUUGUUAAAGAUAUUUUGCACUUAGUUUUGUGGGAAAAAUAUUGCUACAAUUUUUUUUUUUUAAUCUCUGAAUGUAAUUUCGAUACUGUGUACAUAGCAGGGAGUGAUCGGGGUGAAAUAACUUGGGCCAGAAUAUUACUAAACAACCAUCAGGCUUUUAGCAGACAAGGAACACACACAUUUUUCUUAAAGGCCCAAUCCUAACAGACUCCCCAUACCAGAGGCAGAUCUGGAACUUGUCAACAAUGGCCCGGAUCACAUGCUGUUACCGGACUGCCCAGGUCACCUCACUGAGGUGAGCGCUGUUCCUCCAGGUACUAAGGCAGGUGGUGCCCAGGCUCCCUCCCUUGGCACACUUCUUCCUGCGCCAAACCCAUCUCAUCCUUAAGAUCAGAAAACGGAACCCCCUUGUCGUGAAACUGAUCAAGCGUUUUGACAGGAAGCCCUUCAUUAUUCAUAACAUCGUGUGCUGACCAAGAUGUCAGAAAACCACCUGUGCCCUUUUCUCUCAUGGAAGCUAAAACCUGGACUCAGGGAGCAACCACAGGCUCUCCACUUUGAAACUUUAGUUUGAAUUUUAAAAGAUAGGAAGUCAUACAGUUUAAGUUCCUUUCUCACACUCAGUAUUGCAUGCUUAGUGCUGGUUUCCUUACAACAUUUUGGCAGGUGUAGCUUUUUUUGUUAAAAAUGGUAUACAUGAAGUCACAUACUUUAAAGGAACACUUAGAACAUUCUGUUAUUCCAGUCUGAAACCGUCUUUUGAAAUAUUUCUUUACAACCUACCAAAAAAGGAAAGUUGUUUUUUCUACAUUUGUGUGGGUAUCUAACAUCUACCAUUAAAACAACAAAUGGCUUGCAGACAGGGCGGUAAUGGUUUAUCCUAAAUUAUUCAACCCCUUGUAGCCUUGACAAAUUUUACCUUGAAACCAAAAUGAAAACACAAAAAUUAAUCCUUUAUAAUGAUAGCAAGUGACCUUUCUUUUUAGUUUUAGCCUUCCUUUUUCAAUAGUAAUAUUUAAACCCCCUUUUGACCAGUUGUUUGCCCAAAUAUUCUUGUCAUUUGGAGUCAGUGGAAAAUCCAGCACACCAAGCACCAGUCUCCUUCUGAGGCAAAAGAAAAGUGUUGUUGUCAUUUUCACUCUGUUGGAGCUGCACACUUUUUUGUUUUGUUUUGUUUUUUGUUUUUUGUUUUUGUCAAGUAAGAGGGAUGCUGGUCAGAGCUGCAGAAAAUAUGAGGCAAUUAAAAGUCUUUAGCUGUUAGCAAACCUGUCAGUUUUACUUCUGCACUGAACCAGCCUCAGAAACUACUUACUGCUUUAUGUACUCUUUGGGCAUGAAUGCCUUCUCUUUAAUUACAUCUCAUUUUUGCUUGACAGUGACCUACCCAAUAAUUGCAUCAUCCAUUGCCAUGAAAGGUAAACACAUUGUGAACUGAACUUGCCAAGCAGAUUCUGUGAGAAAGCACUGGUCGAGGCUGAACACUGUUAGACACAUCAUUUUUAUUGGAAGAGUAUUAACUGGUGCCUCUUCUGAAACACACCAACCCAUAUUCCGCAGCUCCCCCAAAGCUGUUUCUGAUCGUGCUGGGAGCAGCUAGUUAUUAUGCACAUCUGCUCCAGACCCAGCUCUUUAACUUCAUGGUUUUAUGGCUUGUUUUCUUUCUUUUUUUUUUUUUAAAGCACCUUUUUUGGUUGUUUCCCCUUAAUAAAAGAGGUUUCUAAUUCGUGUUUCUCUAAGAUUUCCUUUGGUUGUAUUUAGGAACACAAGUAGUUUUAUAAUCAGGAUUGCAUUUGUGCUGGGUAAGAGGAGAGCUGUGCUUUCUACCCCAAAGUUGGUAAUGGAGCCCGUCUGCCCUUCCUACAAACUUAAGAGGCUCAUUGUUCAAGGUGUAACAACAUUUCAUUGCAUGCCCUCUAAUGCUUUGAAACCUUUAGAAGGGAAAAUCUCGUUUUUUACAAUUUUGUUCCUUUUCAUCAUAGAAAACGUGUUUAAGAUGAAAUACAAACUUGACCUACCCCAAAUUCAUAAAGUACAUUUAAUGCUGUAUAGCACUAAAACUUAGGGAUAUAGACACUGUACUUGCUUUUUAAGAAUUAGAGAUAGUAACUCCAAAAAUAAUUGUCCUUUUUCUUUUUUUUUUUGCAAUAAGGCUCUUGAAAAUUGUCAUUAUUUGUGUUUUCCUAUACAUUCAUCUGUGUGAAAGUCUUUUUCUUCUUUGAUUUAAAAAAAUUAAAGAACUAUACAAUUAAUGGUUUAGAACUUAGAACUACUUAGAAUACUAAAGUGUCAGGAAGAAAUUAAUUUAGCUUCAGUAAUUGUGACUGGCCUCAGGAAUUCUCCCUUCCACACCUGCCCACCUCACCACACCAGAGCCAGAGCAGCUGCUUGUCUGCAGCAGGACAAGUUCCUACGUACGCACUUUCAGUUCUUUCAUGGUAAGCUCAAUGGACUUUGAAUUGUUUACAGUGCUAUAUGUCCAAUUGUUAAAUGUACCAUUGUGGUUUAUUUAUGACAUGAACCAUGCUACUUAAAAUAUGAACUCACAAGGAAGGGCACUCAUUAGGUAACAAGUUCUUAUACCAAACUUCCUUGAUGAAAUAAGCCAAAAUAAUCCUAAAGUUCAUUAGAAGAACUUGAUAAAAGAUGCAAAUAAGUGUUAAAAAAGAGCCUGUAAUUUUAGGACUCCUAUAAAAUCCUUGUUUGUUAAUGCUAUUAAAACUCAGAUUCAAGGGAAAUCACAGCUUCCGCUUGAGUCACUUUGAAAUUACUUAAUUCAACAGCACCAUGUUAGAAAUCAUAUAUUGGCAGCCAAGACUCUGAACUCUGCAGAAACAUUUGUUUCACCCAGACUUCAAACUCUAGCCCUGACUAUGAUGCCCCUGUGUGCAUUUACAAUAAAGACUCCAACGGAGGGAGCCUGUUGGUGUUAAAUUGUUUACAUUUCUUUAUACAAAUAAUGUGCUUUCAGUGCCUUAGUUACAGCUCCCUUUCUUUUUCUUGUUCCAAGGAUUCUGUAGUAUGUAGUCUGUUUCUUAGGUAAAAGUCUCUCUUUGCUACUGAAAGGGAAAUGGUCUCUCAACACUGGUCACUGUAGCACGUAAACACUACUCUAAGGUGGAGAAGUGAGCUUCAUGCUGAGGUAGUGGUUGCCUUAGAGCUGUUAUUUAUGCUGUAGAAAACGAAAAUGGUUUUGCUACCUGAUAAGCUUCAGAUUAGUUAUAGCCCUGAAGUUAUCCUGUACCUACAUUAAAUUUUCAUUUCAGAAGAGAAUCUUGGUUUUGGUAAUUCAUUUUUUUUUUAAAAUCAUUAUGUGCAAAACACCAAGUUUUUAAAAUAACUCACAGAAAGGCCUUAGUUUUCAAUGUCUGAUGGUGUAUUUGAGUUGUGUUAUCUGUAAUAUACAUCCCAGAAUAAAGGAGUGAAUUAAAUAGUUU